AUGCCCUUAUGAUAUUUUGCACAAAAGGCUCAGUGUUCAUGGCUCCAGGAAGAGAACCCAAAAUAGCAUUCAGCGAGCGGUGACAUACUGACAGUGCUGUGGUACUAAAGGCACAGCGUGUGUAACUCCGAGCAAUGUGGCACAUGGAAAGUUUUCAGAGACGCCUGUGAAGCAAGUCAAGGACAUCUUCCUUCUCCUUCUUCUUGGGUUUUAUUAGAAGUUUGGAUUUCAGUUUCCUGGGAGACCCUAGAAUUUGAAGCUGUUACCGGGAUAGAAAAGAUAUUUAAGAGUGAAAAAGACGAUAAAGAAGCACAGGAUUUUUGUGGGCAACACAAAAGAGUGACAGCUGGAAUCCAAGGAGACAUCAGAAUGCACCUUUGCUGGCUGCUACCUUGCUUGCUGGGAUUUCCCCUCCUUUGGACUGACCUUGAAGCAGCAGGAGACUCUAGCACAGAGAUGAUUAAGCAGCCAGUGGGAUCUCAUUGGAGAGUGAAGCGAGGCUGGGUGUGGAACCAAUUUUUUGUACCAGAGGAAGUGAAUGCUAGCCUUCACAUUGGACGGCUAAGGUCUGACUUAGACAAUGGAAACAACUCUUUCCAGUACAAGCUUUGGGGAGAUGGAGCUGGCAGUCUUUUCACCAUCGAUAACAGAACAGGUGACAUUUAUGCCAUACAGAAGCUCGAUAGAGAGGAACGGUCCCUCUACACUCUGAGAGCCCAGGUAAUAGACACCAGCACUGGAAGGGCUGUGGAACCUGAGUCUGAGUUUGUCAUCAGAGUUUCGGAUAUCAAUGACAAUGAACCAAAAUUCCUAGAUGAACCUUAUGAGGCCAUUGUCCCAGAGAUGUCUCCAGAAGGAACAUUCGUCAUCCAGGUGACAGCAAGUGAUGCCGAUGAUCCUACAAGUGGCAAUAAUGCACGUCUCCUGUACAGCUUACUACAAGGCCAAGCAUAUUUUUCUGUUGAACCGACAACAGGAGUCAUAAGAAUAUCUUCCAAAACUGAUAGAGAAUUGCAAGAUGAGUACUGGGUAAUUAUUCAAGCCAAAGACAUGAUUGGUCAGCCUGGAGCACUGUCUGGGACAACCAGCGUACUGAUUAAACUUUCGGAUAUUAAUGACAACAAGCCCAUAUUUAAAGAAAGUUUCUACCGCCUAACUGUCUCUGAAUCUGCACCAACUGGAACGUCUAUAGGAAAAAUUAUGGCAUAUGAUAAUGACAUAGGAGAGAAUGCAGAAAUGGAUUACAGCAUUGAAGAGGAUGAUUCAAAAACAUUUGACAUCAUUACUGAUGAUAAGACUCAAGAAGGAAUUGUUAUAUUAAAAAAGAAGGUGGAUUUUGAGCACCAGAGUUACUAUGGUAUUAGAGCCAAAGUUAGAAACCGCCACGUGGAUGAGGAGCUCCUGAUCCACCAUGCUGACGCCUCCACCACUUUCAUUAAGGUCCAAGUGGAGGACGUUGAUGAGCCUCCUGUUUUCCUCCUCCCCACAUAUAUAUUUGAAAUUUUGGAAGGAAAUCCACUUGGAGCUUUUGUAGGCACAGUAUCUGCCACAGACCCAGAUCAAAGGAAAUCUCCAAUUAGAUAUUCUAUUACCAGAAGCAAAGAGUUCACUAUCAGUGACAAUGGCACAAUUAUCGUCACUAGCCUACUUGACCGGGAAGUCAACUCAUGGUACAACCUAAGUGUCACAGCCAUUGAAAGAUACAAUGUUCAACAGAUUUCUUCAGUCCCUGUGUAUGUACAAGUUCUAAAUGUCAAUGAUCAUGCUCCUGAGUUCUCUGAAUACUAUGAGACUUACGUGUGUGAAAAUGCAGCCUCCGGUCAGGUGAUUCAAACCAUCAGUGCAGUAGAUAGAGAUGAAUCCAUAGAAGAUCACCACUUUUAUUUCAUUCUCUCUGCAGAAGACACAAACAACUCAAGUUUCACCAUCAGAGAUAAUCAAGAUAACACAGCCACAAUUUCGACUAAUAGAAGUGGUUUUAGCCUUCAAGAAGAGCCGGUCUUCUCCAUCACCAUUUUAAUUGCCGACAAUGGAACCCCAUCACUCACGAGUACAAACACACUCACCAUCUACGUCUGCGACUGUGACGACCGUGGCAGUACACAGACCUGCGGUGAUAGGAAACUCAUGCUUUUCUUGGGACUCAGGGUGGAAGUAAUAAUUGCCAUUAUGGUAUUCAUUAUGGUAAUAUGUGGGUUUAUAUUUUUGAUGUUGGCUCUGAGACAACAAAAAAAGCAGCCUCUCUUUCCUGAGAAAGGGGAAGACUUCGGAGAGAAUAUAUUCCGCUAUGAUGAUGAAGGGGGUGGAGAAGAAGACACAGAGGCCUUCGACAUCGCGGCGCUCAGAAGCACCACGGUGAUGCGCGCACGCAAGGCUCGGAGGACCACCUCGGCAGAGAUCCGCAGCCUGUACCGGCAGUCCCUGCAGGUGGGCCCCGACAGCGCCCUCUUCCGGAAGUUCAUCCUGGAGAAGCUGGAGGAGGCCAACUCCGACCCAGGCGCCCCACCCUUCGACUCCCUUCAGACCUACGCCUUCGAGGGCCUGGGGUCCUCAGCUGGCUCCCUGAGCUCCUUAGGGUCAGCAGACACCGACCAGGAUGAAAAUUUUGAUUAUCUUAAUGAGCUGGGACCUCGAUUUAAAAGAUUAGCCUGUAUGUUUGGUUCUGCAGUGCAGUCAAACAAUUAGGACAUUUUAUCAUGAAAAUCCCCAAAUGCUAAUGUCCAUUUGGACAAAAUGAGUUGUGUGGUUUGGCGCUCUGCAGCGUGUUGAGCCGAUGUUAUUUCAAACUACCCACAUAAUGUCCUUGAAGAAGAUGUUGGAAGAAAUGCAAAUAAACAGACCUCAGAUACUAGUGCAAGCCAGUACUGCAUGUGACUACCACGUUCCUCAGAAGUUUCCAUUUUAUCCAGUGCCAAUUCUCCAAGUGUUUGAAUGCCUAACCUGAGAAAGGGAAUAAAGCUGUCCAAUAUUGUUUCAUUCGUUCCAUUUUUUUUUUUUUUUUAUUCCUGCAAGGUAAGAAUAUAAUGUUGAUGUGUGUUAGGUUCCUGAUGAUACACAGAGAUAGUUUAACAUCUGGGAUAAUCUGCUGAUUACAAAGAAGUGUAAAGACUUUUAAGUUAUGUUGAUAAGUGGGACCGUGACUGAGAUUCUAUGAAUCAUUUGGGUUUGAUAUUUUAAAUUUUUUUUCAAAAAGACUCUUUAAACUUCAUUUAAAAUUUGUACAUAUAUUUGCUAUAGAUGAAUUACUCAGAGUUAUAUAUUAUAGAUUUGUGCUGUUUUUGAUAUCAUAGUUUGGCAUAAAAAAGGUGCAAAAGAAUAUGCUUUGGAAUUUUUCAUAGAUUAUUUUCAUAUGUAACCCAAUAUAUACUUUUAUCAUGCCAAAAUACAAUGGCAAAAAGCAUGUCAACAUUUAUUGAUCGUUAAAUUUAAACUUUAUGAA